UCCCUCCCUCUUCUUCAUUUGACGUCAAACGGAGCUCUCCAUAGCCUUGGUGCUGAAGCAUAAAGAUGGCAGACGGAGUGCAGUACGAGCCAGAGUCAUUAUGACCAGCUGUAGCCGGAGGUGGGCACUGACCAGCUAACGCUGCCAGGCUGAGGGAGUGGUGGACAUCUCUGGCUGUUCUACACUGGGCAGCUCAACAUUCACCAUGUCGCUUCUGUGCGUGGGAGCUGCGAGAUCCGAAUGACUGGGAGCCGCUGCUGCCGGCGCAUAUGACCGGGACCCGCUGCUGCCUGCGCAAAUAUGGGGAGCCGCUGCCGCUGGCGCAAAUGACCGGGACCCGCUGCUGCCUGUGCAAAUGACGGGGAGCCGCUGCUGCCAGCGCCACUGAUGGGGACCUGCUGCCGCCAACGAUGGGGACCCACUGCUAUCUAUCGAAGUGAAAAAGGCUAAAUUUGAUGGACCUCAAGAGAAGUUUAAUGCCUAUGUAACCCUAAAAGUACAAAAUGUGAAGAGCACAACCAUUACAGUAAGGGGCAACCUGCCCUGCUGGGAGCAAGACUUUAUGUUUGAGAUUAACAGAUUGGACCUUGGACUCACAGUGGAAGUCUGGAAUAAAGGAUUGAUUUGGGACACCAUGGUGGGAACUGUAUGGAUCCCACUAAGAAACAUCCGACAGUCUAAUGAGGAAGGUCCAGGAGAAUGGCUGACUCUCGACUCGCAGGUUAUCAUGACAGAUAAUGAGAUCUGUGGAACCAAAGAUCCGACCUUCCACCGCAUCUUGCUUGACACACGAUUUGAACUUCCACUAGAUAUACCUGAAGAGGAAGCUCGAUACUGGGCUAAGAAACUUGAGCAGUUGAAUGCGAUGCGAGAUCAGGAUGACUAUGUGUUUCAAGAAGAGCAGGAGAAUCCGCUUCCUGUCCAUGGAUCUCAAUGCUGUAACUGGAAUUACUUUGGCUGGGGAGAGCAGCCAAAUCAAGACAAGAGGAAUAUUCCAAACAAUGAGGAUCCCGACAGUGCCGUGGAUGAUCGUGAUAGUGAUUAUCGUAGUGAGACCAGCAAUAGUAUCCCUCCAGCUUACUACUCUACAUGCCAGCCAAAUGCCUCUGUACAUCAGUACCCAGUUCGGCACCAGUACAGUUCCCAUGGAUCAUAUACGGACUCUGUACACAGUUAUGAGAUGGAUUUCUCUGACCACCGGCCAAUCAGGCGUUACGAUAGCGCAGACUCUGCCACUAACGGGCGCAGUGAUGUGGAGUCUGUCUCCGGUUCAAGCCGCCUCACCAGUCGGCAGCAUUCUCUGGAGAGCCGGCAGUCACUAGACUUGUCCGAUAGCCCCACUGGAAGCAGUCGAUAUGCCUCAUCAGGGGAACUCAGUCGAGACUCCACCCAACUCAGUGAUGAUUUUGACCCAGAAAAUGAUAGUCUGCAAGGUUCAGAAAUAGAAGAGGAGAGGGACAGAGACUCAUAUCACUCCUGUCACAGUUCUGUCAGCUACCAAAAGGACUCUCCAAAUUGGGAAGGGGAAGAUGGCCCAGAAGGCUACAGUGAAGAUGAAGAGGGCUACCCUGACAGCAGGGGGCAGCUUUCAGACAGAGAUCUGUAUGAUGAUGAACUGCCAGAGGAGGCAGAUGAAGAUGAAAAGUUGAGAUAUGAGCUGGAGGACACAAUGUAUCUGUCAGGGGAGAGUAAGGAGAAGACACCUCCUGAGAUCACAGUGGAGAAGGAGAAGACCCCGGAGGUUGUACCAGAGCCUGAGGCAGCGCCAGUAGCACCUGCAGUCCAGGAACCCAUACCAGAGAGUUACAGGGAUGAGGGUUCCAGCAUGUUGAGGGCUAAGUCAAAUUGGUUGAGAGCAUUUAACAAGGUGCGGAUGCAGCUUCAGGAGGCCAGAGGUGAAGGUAGUGGUGAGAUGUCAAAGUCUCUGUGGUUUAAAGAUGGGCCGGCUGGUGGUCUCAUAAUUAUAGACAGUAUGCCAGACAUUCGGAAAAGGAAACCCAUACCUCUGGUCAGCGACUUGUCCUUGGUCCAAUCCCGCAAAGCUGGCAUAACAUCUGCACUUGCAACAAGCACUUUAAACAAUGAAGAGCUAAAAAACCAUGUUUACAAGAAGGCCCUUCAAGCUUUAAUCUACCCAAUCUCCAGCACUACUCCCCACAACUUCGAGGUGUGGACUGCCACAACCCCCACCUACUGUUACGAAUGUGAAGGGCUCUUAUGGGGCAUUGCCAGGCAGGGAAUGCGUUGUACAGAAUGUGGAGUCAAGUGCCAUGAAAAAUGCCAAGACCUCUUGAAUGCCGACUGUCUGCAAAGGGCAGCGGAGAAGAGCUCCAAACAUGGGGCAGAAGAUCGCACUCAUAACAUUAUAAUGGUUCUGAAGGAUCGGAUGAAAAUCCGAGAGAGGAACAAGCCAGAGAUCUUUGAGCUAAUCCAGGAAGUUUUUGGAGUCCUUAAAGCCACACAUGCUCACCAGAUCAAGGCUGUGAAACAGAGUGUGCUGGAUGGGACCUCCAAGUGGUCUGCAAAGAUCAGCAUCACUGUGGUGUGUGCACAAGGUCUACAGGCCAAGGAUAAGACUGGCUCCAGUGAUCCCUAUGUUACUGUACAGGUUGGAAAAACAAAGAAAAGAACAAAAACCAUCUAUGGAAACCUUAACCCAGUAUGGGAGGAGAAUUUUCACUUUGAGUGUCACAACUCAUCAGAUCGCAUAAAGGUUCGUGUGUGGGAUGAGGAUGAUGACAUAAAGUCAAGGGUGAAGCAAAGAUUCAAACGCGAGUCCGAUGAUUUUUUGGGGCAAACAAUCAUUGAAGUCCGGACCCUAAGUGGAGAGAUGGAUGUAUGGUACAAUCUAGAUAAGCGCACUGACAAGUCUGCAGUAUCUGGGGCUAUCAGACUGCACAUCAGUGUGGAGAUAAAAGGGGAGGAGAAGGUGGCACCAUAUCAUGUACAAUACACCUGUCUUCAUGAGAACCUUUUCCACUAUCUAACGGAUGUACAAAAUAAUGGGGUCGUGAAGAUUCCAGAUGCCAAAGGGGAUGACGCCUGGAAGGUUUACUUUGAUGAAACUGCCCAGGAAAUUGUGGAUGAGUUUGCCAUGAGAUACGGAGUGGAAUCCAUAUACCAGGCCAUGACUCAUUUUGCCUGCCUGUCCUCUAAGUACAUGUGCCCAGGAGUACCUGCUGUUAUGAGCACCCUUCUUGCCAAUAUUAAUGCAUACUAUGCCCACACUACUGCAUCAACCAAUGUUUCUGCCUCAGACCGCUUCUCUGCCUCAAACUUUGGUAAGGAAAGAUUUGUCAAACUGCUGGAUCAACUACACAACUCCUUACGUAUUGACCUUUCAAUGUAUCGGAAUAAUUUCCCUGCUAGCAGCCCUGAGCGACUUCAAGACCUCAAGUCCACUGUUGAUCUACUAACCAGCAUAACAUUCUUUAGAAUGAAGGUGCAAGAGUUACAGAGUCCCCCCAGGGCGAGCCAAGUUGUGAAGGACUGUGUGAAGGCCUGUCUCAACUCUACCUAUGAAUACAUCUUCAACAACUGUCAUGAGCUGUACAGUCGGGAAUAUCAGAGUGACCCGGCUAAGAAGGGAGAGUUGCCCCCUGAGGAGCAGGGUCCAAGUAUCAAGAACCUGGAUUUCUGGUCCAAGUUAAUAACUUUGAUAGUGUCUAUCAUAGAGGAGGAUAAGAACUCGUACACACCAUGCCUAAACCAGUUCCCCCAGGAGCUUAAUGUUGGUAAAAUUAGUGCUGAAGUUAUGUGGAGUCUCUUUGCUCAGGAUAUGAAAUAUGCCAUGGAAGAGCAUGACAAGCACCGUCUAUGUAAGAGUGCUGACUACAUGAACUUACACUUCAAGGUCAAGUGGCUGUACAAUGAAUAUGUGACAGAGCUUCCAUCAUUUAAGAGCAAGGUCCCUGAAUACCCUGCCUGGUUUGAGCCUUUUGUUAUCCAGUGGUUGGAUGAAAAUGAAGAGGUUUCUCGGGAUUUCCUCCAUGGGGCCCUCGAGAGAGACAAAAAGGAUGGGUUUCAGCAAACUUCAGAGCAUGCUCUCUUUUCCUGUUCUGUGGUGGAUGUUUUCUCACAACUCAACCAGAGCUUUGAGAUAAUUAAGAAGCUGGAAUGUCCUGAUCCUCAAAUUGUGGGACAUUACAUGCGCAGGUUUGCCAAGACAAUCAGUAAUGUCCUCCUCCAGUAUGCUGAGAUAAUCUCCAAAGACUUUGCAUCACAUUGCUCCAAAGAGAAGAAAGAGGAGAAAGUGCCAUGUAUCCUAAUGAAUAACAUCCAGCAGCUUCGAGUUCAACUGGAAAAAAUGUUUGAAGCAAUGGGUGGAAAGGAUUUGGACCCUGAAACAAGUGACAUCCUCAAGGAGUUACAGGUGAAACUCAACAAUGUUCUGGAUGAGCUCAGCAGAGUGUUUUCUACAAGUUUCCAACAGCACAUUGAGGAGUGUGUAAAGCAAAUGGGAGAGAUUCUGAGCCAAGUCAAAGGGACAGGAAACGUGCCUGCCAGUAACUGCAGUAGUGUGGCCCAGGAUGCUGAUAAUGUAUUACAGCCUAUACUGGACCCACUGGACAGCAACCUUACUCUUUUUGCUAAAAUUUGUGAGAAGACUGUUUUGAAACGUGUUUUGAAGGAGCUAUGGAAACUUGUAAUGAACACUAUGGAAAAAACUAUAGUACUACCACCAUUGACGGACCAGACGGGGACGUUGCUGAGAAAACAUGGCAAAGGGAUAGAGAAGAGCAGGGUGAAGCUGCCGUACCAUGCAGAUGGGACCCAUCUCAUCAUUAAUGCUGCCAAGGAGCUAGGACAACUAUCAAAACUCAAGGAUCAUAUGGUAAGGGAGGAGGCAAAGAGCUUGACCCCAAAGCAGUGUGCUGUAGUGGAACUUGCACUGGACACUAUUAAGCAAUAUUUCCAUGCUGGAGGCGUUGGUCUCAAAAAGACUUUCCUGGAGAAAAGUCCUGACCUGCAAUCUCUACGCUAUGCACUCUCUCUGUAUACACAAGCUACGGAUACACUCAUCAAAACCUUUGUCCAAACACAGUCUGCUCAGGUUCAUGGUGGAAAAGGUAUUAGGUUUACUCUUUCUGAAGAGAUUUAUCCAGAAAAGGGAUCUGGUGUGGAUGAUUCGGUUGGAGAAGUUUCAAUCCACGUAGAACUCUUCACCCACCCAGGAACGGGAGAGCACAAGAUUAGUGUGAAAGUUGUUGCAGCAAAUGAUCUGAAGUGGCAGACCUCUGGGAUUUUCCGUCCCUUCAUUGAGGUUAACAUGAUUGGACCAAAUCUGAGUGAUAAAAAGAGGAAAUUUACCACAAAAUCCAAGAACAACAGCUGGGUCCCAAAAUACAAUGAGAGCUUCCAAUUCACAUUGGGCAGUGAAAAUGGCCCAGAGUGCUAUGAACUGCAGGUGUGUGUGAAAGAUUACUGCUUUGCACGGGAAGACCGAACAGUGGGCACAGCUGUUAUGCAGCUGCGAGAUCUAGCACAAAGAGGCAGCUGUGCUUGCUGGCUCCCCCUUGGCCGACGCAUUCACAUGGAUGAGACAGGACUGACCAUUUUGAGGAUCUUGUCACAGCGCAACAAUGAUGAGGUGGCCAAAGAAUUUGUCAAGCUGAAAUCUGACACUCGCUCUCCUGAAGAGGGCAGCUAGGGUGAUGGGGUCUGUUUAUCCCUUGUAUAACAAGAGUACCCUUCUCACUGCCUUGCACCCCAGGCCCAGACUGUAAAUAGUUUAAAUACAUUUUGAAACACACUAUUAACCAGGUCACUGCCAGCAGUGCUCCCCAAGCUCUGCCUAAUGCUCACUGGUGCCUUUCUGGCAGUGACAUGGGUAAGGUGUACACAAAUACACACACCAAGGGCUGCGUUCAUAUGUGCCAUUGUGUUAAUGUUCUCCCUGCUGGACCACAUAAGCACAGUUGUUAGGGGGCCUUAACUCCUGCCAUGCAUUAAUCUGCUUGGCAGUUAACAGCACCCUGGCAAUGGGAGGAUUUAGCAGUUUGAGAGACAGUGUCCCCCAAAAAUUGGGGAACAAUUGACACUUUCCCUCCCCUUGACCUGUCCGUUAAAGUUGCCUGCACCCCACUUGCUGUGUAUAUAAGAUCUUCCUGUACCAGUGUCUUAUUCUGUGCAAUGGUGCUGCAUGGGUAUUAGUUUUCUAUGAAAGAACCACCUUAAACCCUAAUCCUGAAAGCUCUUGGUAGAUCCCAUUCAAAUCAUGCCUGUUUUAAUGCCUUGGACUGGACAGUCACCCAUUUGCACGGUGCAGCAAAAAGGACACUGCCAGCUGCUUAGCACCUCUGUCCUUUCCCAAAACUGCCCAAGUCAUCCAGCACUGAAGGGGUUACAAAUCCCCAACCCUGAUCAGGGCAGGACUGCAAAAUCAUCCAAAUCCUCCCAUCCCUUCCCUCGUACACACACUGCACAAGGGACUAGAACUCCCAUAUGUUUAAAAUAAAUGUGGCAUGUUGUUUUCCAAAGAGCGAUGCCACAAAUAUCCCUCUUACCCCACCCUUCUUCCCGUCAUGUACAGAAAGCUCCCCUUCUUUCUCCUUCCUCCCGGGUGCAUGUACAAAAGGUUUGCACUAACUUGGACAUUUUUGGUCUCUGUAAAAAUAUUUUAUUAUAACAGCUAUUAAAUACAAAUAAAGAAAGGCAAUAUG